GCGGCUCUCGCGGCGACUUUUCCUGCCGCCGGACACUCUUCCUGCUCCCGGCCGCGGCGGCGGCUUCCCUGGAGCGCCGUGGCUGCGGCUGGUGCGGAGCCGGUUGGCCGGAGGGACGCCCGGGGGAAGCCCUCUGCGGUCUCCUGGCAGGGCUGCGGGCCCCGCCAUGGGCAUGCUGGAGCGGCUGCGGAAGGAGUGGUUCAUCCUGGGCAUCGUCCUGGUCAUCGCCGUGGCCAAGUGGGAGCCGGCCUUCGGGGGGAAAGGGGGACCACUGAAGCCAGAAAUCUCCAUCACAUACAUAGCUGUUUCAGCCAUCUUCUUUAACAGUGGGCUGUCCCUGAAAACUGAGGAGCUGACAAGUGCUUUGAUGCAUGUGAAAUUGCAUCUUUUUGUCCAGAUCUUCACACUUGUAUUCUUCCCAACAGCAAUAUGGCUAUUUCUUCAGCUGUUAUCUAUCACACCUAUAAAUGAAUGGCUCUUAAAAGGUUUGCAGACAGUAGGCUGCAUGCCACCUCCUGUAUCUUCAGCGGUGAUAUUAACCAAAGCGGUUGGUGGGAAUGAGGCUGCUGCUAUUUUUAACUCUGCAUUUGGAAGCUUUUUGGGUAUUGUUAUAACUCCUUUGCUCCUGCUGCUUUUUCUUGGGUCAUCCUCCUCUGUGCCUUUUACAUCUAUAUUCUCGCAGCUGUUCAUGACCGUUGUAGUUCCACUUGUAAUUGGACAGAUUGUCCGAAGAUACAUAAGGGAAUGGCUUGAGAGAAAGAAGCCUCCGUUUGGUGCUAUCAGCAGCUGUGUGCUCUUGAUGAUCAUCUACACAACAUUCUGUGAUACUUUCUCCAAUCCAAAUAUUGACCUUGAUAAGUUUAGCCUGAUUAUCAUAGUUUUCAUAAUAUUUUCGAUUCAAUUGGGCUUCAUGCUGUUAACGUUCUUUUUUUCUACAAGGCAGAACUCUGGUUUCACACCAGCAGACACAGUGGCUAUUAUUUUCUGCUCUACUCACAAAUCUCUAACCUUGGGAAUACCAAUGCUGAAGAUAGUCUUUGAGGGCUAUGAACACCUGUCUUUAAUUUCUGUCCCUUUACUUAUCUAUCAUCCGGCUCAGAUCCUCCUUGGUAGCCUCUUAGUACCAACAAUAAAAUCUUGGAUGAUUUCCAGACAAAAGGCAGUGAAAUUAACAAAGCAGCCCAAGAUGCCAGUGAAGGUAUAACGAAAAGAGAUCCACUGAAUGUACAUAUGUACUAUACUGUACAUACACAGAGAAAACUCAGAAAACAGACAUAUGUGAAUGUUACUUCAAUACUUUAUUUUUAUAGAUACAUAUUAUAUAUAUAUAUAUAUAUAUUUAAAAUACCUAUUGAAGUGCCUUAAAAUAUCUUUGAAAAAGCAUUGAUUCUAAAACCACAUAGCUGGUUAAUAGAAAAGGUUGCACACAUUUUUGAGAUCCUUUAAUUUUUUUUAAAAAAUUCUUAAGCAAAUAGUUCUAAUUGUGAAAGACUUGGAGCUUCUGUCAUCGCACAUUCUCAGAGACAGCAGGCACAAUCCACCAAAAACUACCCUCUCUCAAAAUGAAUGAAGAUUGGGAGCCAUAUUCAUUGGACCAUGCUGAACAGUUUACAAGUUAGUAUAUUAAACCAGGACGUAAAAAACCAGGGAGCUCUCUUCCGGCUGCCAGCAGGCAAGCACUUUCUGAAGUUCUAGUUGAGAGUAACUUGAAUUUCUGUGCAAUUCCAUAAUCCUCCCUGCUCAUAUGAUUGUGACAUAUCUUUUUCUUCUGUGUACACUCAGCAUGGGGCCAUCCAUUGGAAGAGAAACUGAAAAGCAUGAAUUAUUUGCAUUUGUUGACACAGUUGUCUAGACAUUCCUUCAAAGUUAAUGGUUUCUCACGACAAUUCUCUCCGUUCCAUUUUUAUGAUAUUGUGGCAUUGUAUAUCUUAAAUGCAUUGUGAGUUUCUUCAAAGAGGCGGCCUGGAGCUUAGGUUGGUAGGAAAGAACUGUGAUCUGCAGCUAAGAGUUUUUAAUAUUAUUAUUAUUAACCCAAACUGAGCAAAAAAACCCAACACUAUGUUUCCUUUUUCUUGCCCAAGUUCAAUACAUGCUACCCCACAGUGACAGAAUACAGGAAACAAAUAUUGCAGUAGCCAUUUCUCUGCAAUUUACAGAGCUGAGGUUUUUGUUGGAACUUGGGCAGCACACGCAACCUUCCAAGGGUGGGAAACUAAUAGCUAUUCAUCAGCUGGCAAAUGUAUUGGUGUGCUUUAUGCAUUUUAAGUAGCAGUGGUGAGAUAAAUGGGGGGAUAUGUCUAAUCUGACAAUCAGUUGUUGCUUGAUUAAAAAUGGCUUUUUCUUUACAUUUUAUAGAAGGAAUGAAUAUCAGUAUAUUAAUGAAUAUAAAGAGGGGAAAGGGUAAACACGACACCUUAUUCAAGACAGUUUCAGGUGGCAGGUGGUGAUUAGGCUAAGUGGUGAUUUCCAGCAGUGGACACAUCAACUAUGGCAUCAUAAGCUCGGUAGUCGUGCAGCUUCAUACAGGAAUCCAGCGCUCCUCUGUCCAUGAGGAUCUUCAUAGCUUGUUCCAUUGAAGCAUGUGUACCAAGAGCCGGGGUGCACACUGGGAUUGCACACAGAAUUCUGGGAACAAAAAAACUGAUUUGGACCACAUUCCACCUUAUGGGUUAAUGGAAAGAUAGAACAUCAAGUUCUUAGGGAACAGCAUAGAGCUUCAUUGUUACUGUUAACUGCAUAUAUAAACCAUUGUGAAAUACAUUCCCCAAUGUAAUCACUGUGUGGUGGUGGUGGAGGAAAGUAUAUAUUGGGUUCAAUUGUCCUGCCCAAAAUAACUUAAUUUGGUGCCAAGCUGAGGUGCCUUGGGUUGGCAGCAAUCUAUAUUAAGUGAUUUCCUUAUCACUAAGGUUCAAGUAUCUUUAUUAAUGGAUAAAACAAAUAUAUGAUACAACAAUGUGCUCAGCACUCAUUUAACAAGGAUUAAGGUUAGUGAAGUUUAACAUACCAGCCAAGAAACUGUUGCAUUCCACUAAUCAAGUGGUCUUAAAUUUUAUGUAGGAUUUUUUUUUAAAAAAAAUGGUGCCACAUUAAUGUUUCUAACAGGUUUGCCACUAGAGGAAUACCUAAAACCAAUUGCAAGCUCUUGAUUAAGUUCCUGAUUAAGUGGACCAAACAUGUUUUACAUGCAGCUCAAAACUCACCUCAUUAGAUGUUUAAUGGCUGAUUACCCAUCUUGAUUUGGUAACUAAAAACAUGGAUAAACAAAAGGUUAGGUGAAGGCACAUAAAUAAUGUUCUUUCCCCCACAAAUCCUUCUCUGAGCCUCCAGCAUGCGUGUUCCCUAACACACAGUCCUUCCAUUCAUAAACUGAGGGCGAAAACAAGGCCCAAGAAUUUUCUGGUUACUGGUUUCAAAACAGCUAAUUUAUAUAUUAGGAUUUUUGCGUGCAAAGGAAAUAAAUAGGCGUUGCACAAGAGUGCAAGUUCUGAUCUUGUGUAAAUCCAUAUCAUUUUGAUGCUUCUGGCAUAUGAAACAUUCCUGACAGGUCAUUCCUAUUUAGCUCACACCCAACCCCUUCUGUCUUCUCACUUGAGCCAUGCCUGCUCUUGAUCAGUCACUACACUGCUAAUUUUUCAACAGAUCUACCUCGAAGUACGCCACCACCAUUAAUUCAUGGCUUUUAACUAUCGGAUGUUGUCAUGGUGAUUUCAUUGGUAUGUUACUGUGUUUAAGAUGGUUCUAUGGAGAGGCAGUUUUGUUUAGGCCCUUUUUGGCCAUAACUGUUGAUGGCUUGGGACAGCCUAAAUGGUGUUACGUUUCUUCCUGUUUUUACAUAAGAGACUGUUGGAUGGAUUGUUCUGAAGGGGACAUAAAGCAAAAGCGAAGUACAUCUCUUAAAUCCAUACUUAGUAGAACUUAAUUAUUCAUAUCCAAAAUGUUGCAUUAUGUUUAAAGACUGUUAAGAUGUUUGUUUCAUGCCUUCAGCUAUGCCUAAAUGUCCUUAUAAGAGAAACUCAUUGGGUAGUGGUUUGUUAAUGUAAAAUUGGGAAGUGGACAAAUGGAUGGGUUUGCAGUUUAUUUUUGUAACUUGGUGUCAUUUUUCUGGAGUAAAUCUUUGUUUCUUUUUAAAAUGCAAACUUAAAAAAAUAAAACAGCCAGUUGCAUUG